UUCACAGAAAAGUGUUGCCGAGUCCACGGGUCCCAGAUGUGUCUCCAUUAAGAGUGAUCGAUCCAGGAUUCAACCUCUCGUCUUUAGAGAUGAGGAAUCAAAAUGGAAACAUUUACAGAGUGCAACGGAGUUCACAUCUGAAAGUUCAGUUUCUGUGCAGAGCGAUGAAUCCACUCACCAGCAGCUCAGUUAUCCCAAUGUGGAUCCAAACAGCUGUCUAAUGUGUAAGAAGGUUUUGAGGGAUCCAGUCCACUUCAAGUGUGGACACUGGUUAUGCAAACAGUGUGUGAGCUCAAACUGGGAUCAAUCUGGCUCACAUGCAGAAAAUCUCUGCCUGGGUUGUAUUGAGAAAUGCCGCCUUAAGAAUGUUGAAAGCACAGGGAACAUCCUCCUUGUCAAAGUAAAGGAAAAUUUGAAAAAGGCAGUGAAAAAGAAAUUUGCUCUGACAUUUGAAGGUAAUGGUGACCAAGAAAAUCUACUCCAGAACAUCUACACAAUGUUGUUCAUCACCACCGGAGAGAGUGGAAGACUAAAUGAAGAGCAUCAAUUCAAAAGUAAAUGGAAAACGCAAUCAUCCAAUGACUGUUCAGUCAACCUCAGUCACAUAUUCAAAUCGUUUUCUGCCCAAACCAAACCCCACAGAACAGUUGUGACGAAGGGCGUUGCAGGCAUUGGGAAGUCUCUGGCUGUACAGAAAUUCAUUCUUGACUGGGCCGAAGAGAAGCAAAACCAAGAUCUUGACUUUGUUUUCAGUCUUGCUUUCAGAGAGCUGAAUUUGAUUUCAGGUGAAAAAAGCCUACAUGAGCUCCUAACUUUAUUUCACCCCACACUGUCAGAACUCAAAGAUUCAGUGGAUUAUACCAAAACCAAGAUUGUUCUGAUCCUGGACGGUCUGGAUGAAAGCAGCAACCUCAUCUUCUAUGAGGAAGACCUGGAAGACUUUGGCAUUGACAUUAAAGAAGCAUCCAUCUACUCUGGAUUUUGCACCACAGUCCAUUUGGAAGAACAACUCUUUUCCAACAAAAGGGUCUUUUGCUUUGUGCAUCUGACCGUACAGGAGUUCUUUGCAGCUCUCUUUGUCUAUGACUGUUUUAUUAACAAUAAUACUACAGAACUUAAAAACUUCCUCAUUUUGGAGGACAAAGACCAUACGUUACUUGAUCUUGUAAAGGUGACAGUUGAAAAAGUGCUGGAGAAGAAGAAAAAUGGCCACCUGGACUUCUUCCUGAGAUUCCUUCUUGGCCUCCUAGUUGAACCCAACCGGAGAGUCCUUCAUGGUCUGCUGCCUUCACCAGAUCAAAGCCAAGAUACUGACAAGAAAAUCUUGACUUACCUCAAGUCUAUCAGAAGGAAGAACCUCUCUCCAGAAAGCUGCAUCAACCUUUUCCAGACUAUGAUCGAGAUGAGAGAUCACAAAGUCAAAGAUGAGAUUCAGGAAUAUCUCGCACUGUCAGAUCGCUCAAAAACAGAGUUGACUCCCCUGCACUGCUCUGCACUGGCCUACAUGCUGCAGGUAUCAAAGAAUGAUUUGGAAGUCUUGGACUUGAAGAGUUACAACACAUCAGAUGAGGGCAGACGGAGGCUGAUACCGGCUGUGAGGAAGAGUAGAAAAGCUAUGUUAGCAGAUUGCAAAGUGACCUCGGUGUCAGCUGAGCAUUUGGCUUUUGCUCUCAAGUUCUACUGCUCAUCCCUGAGAGAUCUAGACCUCAGUGACAAUGACCUGAAAGAUUCAGGGUUGAAGUUACUCUGUGAUGGACUAUCAAGUCAGUGCUGCAGGCUGGAGAUACUCAGGUUAUCCGGUUGUCUGGUCACAGCGACAGGCUGUGCAUAUCUGGCUUCAGCUCUACAGCUCAACCCGUUUCAUCUGAUAGAGUUGGAUCUGAGCUACAACCACCCAGGAGACUCUGGAGAGAAGCAGCUGUCUAAGCUGAAGAAUGAUCCUCGAUACAAGCUGAGCAAACUCAGUGUUGAACACGGUGGAAGUCACAGAAUGAAACCAAGCUUCAAGAAAUAUGCCUGUGAACUCACUCUGGACUCCAACACAGCACACACAAACCUGCUUUUCUCUGAUGGGAAUAGAAAGGUGACCUGGAUGGAAGUUGACCAUCCACAUCCUGAUCCCAAAAAACAGCAGGUGCUGUGUGAGCAGAGCCUCAAUGGGCGCUGCUACUGGGAGGUGGAAGUGUUUGGCUUUCUAUGCGUUGGGAUUACAAUCAGAAGAAGAGACACAGAAGGAAAGAAAAAUGAGUUUAAGAUGGGAUACGAUGACAAAUCCUGGUGUCUGGUUUUCUCUGAUGAUGGUUUUUACAUUCUGCACCGUAACAAGAAAGUAGACGUGCCUUCAGCUGGAUGGCGCUCCAGUCGGGUGGGUUUGUAUGUGGAUUGUUCAGCUGGCACGCUGUCCUUCUACAGGGUUUCUAAUGACAGCUGCAUCCUCCUUCAUAGCUACAAAACAGCCUUUAACGAACCCCUUUAUCCUGCUGUUGAGCUUCACUCUCAGUCGUCUGCUUCAUUUUGUCAGCUAACCUAAGUUUCACCUGCAUCUGCAAGUUCUGUCCAUCAGUUCCACACAUUAAACUGCUUUUACGAGUAUCCCAUUGUUUUUCCAUGUUGUCCUAAUGAAGUUCUAGGUCAUGUUUCACCUAUUGUAGCUACAUGGUAUUCUUUAUUUACUCUCUUUUUCGAAUAUUUUUUUAAUGAUCUGAAACAGUUAAGUGUGACAAAUAUCCCCCACAAAAAAACAAAAACCCAAAAACUAAGAAAUCAGAAAGGGGGAAAUACGUUUUUCUGUGCAUUGUAACUGCAAUCUGCACUCUUGCUGAUGAAUAUGUUUGGUAGAUUUACAUAAUAUUUUCAACUACUAAGUCAUUCUUCAAACAAAAACUGUUCCAACGUCUCCAAUGUGACAAUUGGUUACACUUUCCCUGUUUUGUAUUUCUCUAAAUUUAAAAAUUAAUAUUUUAUGUUGCUUGUCAGAAACAAUGUCAGCAUUUUAAGUGGGCAGUUCUGUUUCAUGUAUUUUUUGUAGAACUUAUUUGUAUUUACUUCAAACUCAAAAUCAGGUCUAAACCUCUGAACUCCUAAUCUGUAACUUUGAAUUAGCAAUUUACUCACUUUGAUAAUUGAACAUAGUGCCAAGAAAAAUACAUUCAAUGUAAAUGAGCAUGAUUUCACAAUUACAAAGUAGGAGAUUACAUUUUAAAAAACUGACUAACAGUGCAUAAAUUUAUGAGUACAACCAUCUACAGCUGAUUUAAGUAAAGAGCAAGAAGAUCUACAGAGGAGAACACAACCAGUAGACCCAGAACAUGCACACUUUAAACAGAACGUUUCUAACCAGAUGCUGGAGCCAAACUCAGGACUGCUGUGAGGCUUGCUACUACACCACCAUGCUGCCCACAUUCGACAUGCAGAAUGUAGAUGUUGGUGGCUGUAUUAAUGUUCUUUUGUCUUCUUUUAUUUAGAAUUUACCUUUCUCUGUUUUAAAUCAAAAUGUGUGUGGCAACUCUGAGCAUCUUUUACAGCCUUUUCACUACAAAUCAGGUGUGUGUGUGUGUGUGAGAGAGGCUGUUUCAAAGGCGUUUAGUUUCUGUCCUUUAUUUUUACUUAGCUUGAAGCUUGUGUGGAACAAAUACUGUGUAAGUUAACAGAAGUCUUAGUAUCACAGGUCUGCAAUUAACACAAGCGAGGAAUUUAGUAUUUUAUUAAAUGAAUGUUAGGUCCUGGUUGGCAUGUUAUGGUCUGACAGUGAAAAAUAACCAGAAUUCAAAUGUGAGGUGAGACUAUUAGAUGUGAUUCAACAUGUACAAACUGGUGUCCUGUUUUAGAUCACAAAUGGCUGCUUAUUGAAAAAUAAAAUGUUUUUUUAAAUUUGCAGUGUAAA